AUGUACUCUUCCAACGAAACUGACGAGAAGAAAAUGUGGCACGAGGCUGAGAGCCUUCGUCGUAUUGCCUUCUUCGGCAUCUGCAUCAGUACCAUUGCCACUUUGACCGCCAUUGUUGCCAUUCCAUCUCUUUACAACUACAUGCAACACGUUCAAUCUUCUCUUCAGACUGAGGUUGAUUUCUGCAAGCACCGCACUACUGGUCUUUUCGAACAAUACGAACGUCUCCAACAGAUCAAGGGAGUUCGUGGAGCUAUCAUCAAGAGACAGGCUGGAUACGGACCAAACCCAGAAUACGCUGGUGACGAAGCCGUCCAAGCUGCCCACGACACUCAAUCCCAAGGAUCUUGCUGCUCAUGCAAAUCUGGACUUGCUGGACCAGCUGGAGUUCCAGGAGUUGACGGAGAAGACGGAAACGACGGACAACCAGGAGCCGCAGGACAACCAGGAGCUGAUGCUGAACCAGAUGCCCAACCAAGCGCUGAUGACUUCUGCUUCGACUGCCCAGCUGGACCACCAGGACCACCAGGAAACGCCGGACCAAAGGGACCAAACGGAAACCCAGGAUCUGACGGAACUCCAGGACCAAACGGAAACCCAGGACAAGACGGAGCCCCAGGACCACAAGGACCAGCUGGACAAGACGGACAACCAGGAAACGCUGGACAAGACGGAGCCCCAGGAGUCGUUGAAGAGGUUGAAGGACCAGUUGGACCAGCUGGACCAGCCGGACCACAAGGACCAGCUGGAUCUGAUGGACAACCAGGAGCCAACGGACAACCAGGACAAGACGGACCACAAGGACCACCAGGAGACGCCGGAUCCGAUGGACAACCAGGAGCUCCAGGACAACCAGGAGAGCAAGGACCACUCGGAGAGACCGGAGUUGGAGGAGGUUGCGACCACUGUCCACCACCAAGAACUGCUCCAGGAUAUUAA